AAGACCUGCGGACUCGUGCGCGCGCGCGCGGCCUAGAGCCUCCGCGGCGUCGGGGGCGGUCGGGGCUGAGCUUGAGAAGACUGACGGAUUCCGAGUGGGCGGUGCUUCUUUCCCGGGCGUCUCGUCCCUCCUCUUUCGUGGCCUCGCCUUUUUUUCCAGCUUCCUGGCUUUUUGGUUUGUGAAGUGCCUGCCUGGCUCAAUGGGAAGAGCGUGGGACUCUCGGGACUCGAUCUCUGGCUGAGUCACUCUAUACAAAGAUGUCCUAAAGAGAAGAGUAAGAAGAACUGGGAAACAGAGAAAACAUGUCCUGCUUUAUCCUGUGCUCCCCAAGAAGAGAGAACCAUGCCAUUCAGAGCUAUUGAUGGAACAAGGGAGGACUUGCCUUGGGCCAUCUACCCUCAACCCCCAUGCUGAAGAUCACUGAGUCAUGCUCUGAAUCAACACAAGACUCAAGACAGGAUGUGCAACAUCUUACUCCUGGCACAGUCAUCUCAAAAGGCUCAGUAUAGAUACCUUAAUAUGUGAAUAUUGACCAUAUUCAGCUUGGAGACAGUCUAGACUGCAGAUAUUUCCUCUGCUCCUCUCCCAAUUCCUCGGGCAAGCACUUCAGAAAUGACUAACAUUAUGACAGGAAAGGUGUGGCUGAGAAGGUCUCUGAGAUGCAAGCAGUUCUCCUCAUUCUGGGGUCUCGCCCAUCCUCUGACGAACGCCGUUGGCCGCCUUCUGAAGUGCAAGAGUCUCGGGUGUGUUCAGAUUCUCCAGUGCUCCUUUCCCAUGACAUGGAUAGCAGACACGUUGAGUGGUUAUGGUAUGGAUGUAACCAAGAAAAAUAAGCGAGAUGGUACCGAAGUCACCGAAAGAAUUAUCACGGAAACAGUAACUACAAGACUCACAUCCUUACCACCAAAAGGGGGAACCAGCAAUGGCUAUGCUAAAACGGGCUCUCUUAGUGGAGGGAGUCGUCUGGAGAAACACAGCUUGACGCAUGGCAGCAGUGGCUACAUAAACUCAAGUGGAAGCACACGGGGCAAUGCCUCCACCUCCAGUUACAGGAGGGCUCACUCCCCUGCCUCCACGCUGCCCAACUCACCAGGCUCCACGUUUGAGAGGAAGACUCACAUCAGCCGCCAUGGAACAUACGAAGGGAGCUCCAGCGGCAACUCUUCUCCGGAGUACCCUCGGAAGGAAUUUGCAUCUUCUUCAACCAGAGGAAGGAGCCAAACACGAGAGAGUGAAAUCCGAGUUCGACUACAGAGUGCAUCCCCAUCUACCCGAUGGACGGAAUUGGAUGAUGUUAAGCGUUUGCUCAAGGGGAGCCGAUCAGCAAGCGUGAGCCCCACACGAAAUUCCUCCAAUACACUUCCCAUCCCCAAGAAAGGCACGGUAGAGACUAAAACGGUGACAGCAAGCUCGCAGUCAGUGUCUGGCACCUAUGAUACAACCAUCUUGGAUGCCAACCUUCCCUCCCACAUGUGGUCUUCCACCUUGCCGGCAGGGUCCUCCAUGGGGACCUAUCACAACAAUGUGACCACCCAGAGCUCAUCCCUCCUCAACACCAAUGCCUAUUCUGCAGGAUCAGUCUUCGGAGUCCCAAACAACAUGGCGUCCUGUGCUCCCACACUGCAACCCGGGGUCAGCUCCUGCUCCUCAGUGUUUGGCGUGCAGAACAACUUGGCCCCCAGCUCGUCCACCCUGUCCCAUGGCGCGGCCACCACCUCCACAGCAUAUGGUGUGAAGAAAAACCUGCCCCAGAGCCCUGCCGUUGUGAGCGCUGGCGUGUCCACCUCUGCCGUCUCCACUACAAAUGUCCAGAAUGAUGAACUCUUGCACAAGGACUGUAAAUUCCUGAUCCUGGAGAAAGACAACACACCAGCCAAGAAGGAGAUGGAACUGCUGAUCAUGACCAAGGACAGUGGGAAGGUCUUUACUGCCUCCCCGGCCACCAUCGCUGCAACUUCUUUUUCAGAUGACACCUUGAAAAAAGAAAAGCAAGCUGCCUACACUGCUGACACCUGCGUGAUCUCAGACGCUAAUGGGGAUGUGAAGACUGUGUCCACAAAGGGCAAGGUCGCCUCCGCAGACAUUCACGGCUACAAUCACCGUGGGGGCGGUGGAGGCGGUGGAGGGGGCAGCGGCCCGUGGGGGGCGGCGCCGGCCUGGUGCCCCUGUGGCUCCUGCUGCAGCUGGUGGAAGUGGCUGCUGGGCCUGCUGCUCACCUGGCUGCUGCUCCUGGGGCUGCUCUUCGGCCUCAUCGCUCUGGCGGAAGAGGUGAGGGCGUUGAAGGCGCGGGUGGCCGAGCUCGAGCAGAGCCGGAACGGCGUGCUGCUCUACGAGGAGAAGAUGGAGCGGAGCAACAAGGACCGGCUGCAGGGGGCCGCGCCCGACGUCGGGGCCGACCUGGGGAAGCUGGGGCUGGACGGUUUCAGUCAGGAGGCACUCUGGCUCUUUGUGAAGGGCAAGCUGAUGGCGGAACAAGAAAGCGGAAAUCUCCGAGGAAGCCCGGGCCCUAAAGGUGACAUGGGAAGUCAAGGACCUAAAGGAGAUCGGGGGCUCCCUGGGACUCCAGGCAUCCCUGGGCUCUUGGGACACCCAGGUCCAGAAGGACCAAAGGGACAAAAAGGCAGUGUGGGAGAGCCUGGCAUGGAAGGCCCCAUGGGCCAGAGAGGACGAGAAGGCCCCAUGGGACCUCGUGGUGAACCGGGGCCUCCUGGGUUUGGAGAGAAAGGGGACAGAGGGCCUGCUGGUGAACCCGGUGUUCAGGGCCCACCUGGAGUCCCAGGUUCUGUGGGUCCCAAAGGUUCUGGCGGUUCUCCUGGCCCACGGGGUCUCCCAGGCUCUGUAGGUCCCCAAGGGCUCCGAGGUGAAGUUGGACUCCCUGGUGUCAAAGGUGACAAAGGUCCCAUGGGAUCACCGGGACCCAAAGGUGACCAGGGGGAGAAAGGACCCCGAGGCCUCACAGGCGAGCCCGGCUUGAGAGGUUUGCCUGGCGCUGUGGGUGAGCCUGGAGCUAAAGGGGCAAUGGGACCCGCUGGCCCUGAUGGACACCAAGGCCCAAGAGGUGAACAAGGUCUAACAGGGAUGCCUGGUACCCGUGGCCCACCAGGGCCUUCUGGAGACCCAGGAAAGCCAGGUCUCACAGGACCCCAAGGACCUCAGGGACUUCCUGGAACUCCUGGCCGACCAGGAGCUAAAGGUGACCCUGGAUCUCCAGGCAGAAUCAUGACCUCAGAGGGGUCAUCGACGAUCACUGUCCCAGGCCCCCCAGGGCCUCCUGGAGCCAUGGGACCACCGGGACCUCCAGGUGCCCCAGGUCCUGUGGGCCCAGCUGGUCUCCCUGGACAGCAAGGCCCGCGCGGGGAGCCAGGACUUGCCAGCGACUCCUUCGUGGGCAGCAGCAGCUCCAUCUCUGAGGUCCUCUCUGCCCAAGGUCUUGAUUUACGAGGUCCCCCAGGCCCACCUGGCCCACCUGGGCCUCCAGGACCUUCCAUUCCAGGCCCGCCAGGACCCCGAGGCCCAGCAGGAGAAGGCCUGCCAGGCCCGCCAGGCCCACCAGGCUCUUCCCUGGCUGACUCAGAGACCUUCUUCUCUGGCCCCCCAGGCCCCCCUGGGCCCCCAGGCCCCAAGGGAGACCAAGGCCCCCCAGGCCCUCGAGGACACCAAGGCGAGCGAGGCCUCCCAGGGUUCUCAGCCUCAGGUUCCAGCUCUCUUGGACUCAACCUGCAGGGACCGCCUGGCCCUCAGGGACCCAAAGGUGACAAAGGUGAUCCUGGUAUCCCAGGGGCUCCAGGCAUUCCUGGUGGUGUCUCUCAAGGGGGAUCUUCGUCGGGCACCAUGUUCGUGCCGGGUCCGCCGGGCCCACCGGGCCCUCCAGGGCCUCCAGGCUCCAUCAGCAGCUCAGGCCGUGAGAUCCAGCAGUACAUCGCUGAGUACAUGCAGAGCGACAGCAUUAGGUCUUAUCUGUCUGGAGUUCAGGGUCCCCCAGGCCCACCUGGUCCCCCAGGGCCUGUCACCACCAUUGCCGGGGAGACUUUCGACUACUCAGAGCUGGCGAGCCGUGUCGGGAGCUACUUACAGACUUUGGGGUCUGGCAUCAGCUCCUUUGCCUCCAUCUCCUCUGCGGACAUCCUGGCAGCCCUGCAGCGGGAGGACGUGAGGCAGUAUCUGCGGCAGUACCUGACGGCCGAUUGGUCCCUGCAGUCUCUGGACUACGCUGAGCUGAGUACUCGUAUCCUCAGCUACAUGUCCAGCUCUGGAAUCAGCAUUGGCCUUCCUGGUCCCCCAGGACCCCCCGGCUUGCCAGGGACAUCCUACGAGGAGCUCCUCUCCUUGCUCCAAGGAUCUGAAUACAGAGGCAUCGUUGGGCCCCCAGGUCCCCCUGGCCCCCCAGGGAUCCCAGGCAAUGCGUGGUCCAGCAUCAGCAUGGAGGACCUCUCCUCUUACCUGCACACUGCCGGCCUGUCCUCCAUCCCUGGCCCUCCAGGCCCUCCUGGUCCCCCAGGCCCUCGAGGGCCCCCAGGUGUCUCUGGGGCCCUGGCAACCUAUGCUGCCGAAAACAGCGACAGCUUCCGGAGCGAACUCAUCAGCUACCUUACCAGCCCAGAUGUGCGCAGCUUCAUCGUGGGCCCGCCAGGCCCUCCAGGGCCACAGGGGCCACCUGGGGACAGCCGCCUGUUGUCCAUGGAUGGCUCCUACAGCCGGGGCAGCAGCUCCUCUCACAGCGCUUCGGUCAGUCGGGGCACCUCCUACAGCUCUUCCAUGGGCGUAGGAGGAGCCAGCGGAGGCUCCCUGGGCGAAGGGGGGGCCUUUGGCAUGGACAUGGGCCUGGGCCGAGGCUACGGGGCAGAAGGUGGCAUGUACGGUGGUGAAGGAGGACCGUUCGGGGCUGGCUUCGCUGGAGGUCUGGACUACAACGAGCUGGCUGUUCGGGUGUCUGAGAGCUUGCAGCGUCAGGGCCUGCUGCAGGGCAUGGCCUACACCAUCCAGGGCCCACCGGGCCGGCCAGGACCCCAGGGUCCCCCUGGCAUCAGCAAGGUCUUCUCUGCCUACAGCAACGUGACUGAGGACCUCAUGGACUUUUUCCGAACUUAUGGAGCCAUUCCGGGCCCUCCGGGGCAGAAAGGAGAGGUGGGCACCCCAGGACCCAAAGGUGAGAGGGGCCCCGCAGGACCACCAGGUCGGCCUGGGCCACCCGGCCCUCGAGGACACAAGGGAGAGAAAGGAGACCCAGGUGACCAAGUGUACGGCCGGCGGAGAAAGAGAAGCAUCGCCAUCAAGCCAUGAGCCCCUUGGAGCCCCUUGGGGGAAUAGCCCCGGCACCAGUUUGUGCAAUGGCUUAUGAUGCUUGUCAGACUCUCUCCAGGGGGCAGAAGCUGGAUGCUCAUUCCCUACCGAGCCAGCACAGCCAAAGAGAACCCUUGUUUUAGUCUGGAACAGUCUCUAUAUAGAUCUAUAUUUCUCUAUAUAGAUAUAGCAUCCAAAAGGUCCACAACCUGAACCUGCUCCACUGGGGAAUGAGACUGGCUGCUCUGCUGGCUGGACCCGAGCUCCUUGGCGUCUUUAGCUCUUAGAUCUAGGUGCAACCCAGGAAAGCCAGGGGCAUAGUGGCUGGCUCAGGAGUCCUUGAGCUUUGCCCAAGAAUGACUAGAACAGGGAAGAGGGGAUGGGUGCGUUCUGGUUAUAUCACUGCAAGGCUGCGCUGUCUGCUCCUUCCUUCCUGUUCGUUCUGCAUUCUCUAGUCAUAGAAAGGACUUGGCUAAGAAGUAACUCUUGCAACUGAAAAAAUUAAGAAACAUUUCCGCUGAAGAUGGUGACAGGGUUUCUAAUAGUCCUUCCUGGCCACAGACCCAGUUCCCACUAGCUUAGAUUGUCUGAUUGUAGCUGUGGUUUCCACAGUUCCAUGCUGGCCCUUCGAGAUGGUUUCUACUGAACUUGACAACAGUAAUGGGGAGACAGGCGGGGGGAAGGAGGGAAAAUAGGAAACUCAGUGCUGGGAAAGACAUCACUUCUGUUCUGCAUGUGGAGGGCAUGGGGACUGGGCACGGUUGAUUUUUAAGCACUUUUCAGUACCUAAAAUAGGUAUGUGGUCUGUUAGAUCAAAGUCAUUUCAAAUGCAAAAUUUCCAAUUAAAGAGUUUUUCUAAAUAUUA